GCCGUUAGACGCUAAGGUGCCGGCAAAGUGUGUGAAGUGAGAAGCAGAGACGCCAAAGUUUGGGGCUAACUUUUUCCAGAGCAGCGUUUUAUUUCUGCUGAUGACGAGGAGGACCCACUGUCAGGUAGAAGUUGUCAGGAGGAACACGAUGGGACUUCCCACGCUGGAGUUCAGCGACGCUUUCUUCGACGGCCCGCACUUCCGGGAGAGACUCUUGUGUCACGAGGUGGAACUGAAGAGAACCAACAAGUUCAUCAAGGAGCUGAUUAAAGAUGGAAGUAUCCUCAUUAACGUGCUGGGGAGUCUUUCUGCUGCCAUCCAGAAGUUCUCCCAGUCCCUGCAGGAGUUCCAGUUUGAGUGCCUGGGUGACGCAGAGACGGAUGACGAGGUGAACAUUGCUCAGUCCUUUAAAGAGUUCGCCAAGCUGCUCAACACGCUGGAAGAGGAGCGACAACGCCUGAUCCAGAAUGCAAGUGAGGUCUUGAUCACGCCCCUGGAGAGGUUCCGCAAAGAGCAGAUUGGCGCCGCCAAGGAAGUCAAGAAGAAGUUUAAAAAGGAGAGUGAGAAAUAUUAUUCUUCACUUGAGAGACACCUCAGCCUGUCUUGUAAGAAGAAGGAAGCUUAUCUGCAGGAGGCUGACAUGCAGAUGAAGAAGGAGAGACAAGUCUUCUACGACGCCUCACUGGAAUAUGUCUUCAAAAUACAGGAAGUGCAAGAAAAGAAGAAGUUUGAGUUUGUGGAGCCGCUGCUGGCUUUCCUGCAGGGUCUGUUCACCUUCUACCAUGAAGGAUAUGAGCUGGCCCAUGAACUGGAGCCCUACAAGCAGCAGCUGCAGCUCAACCUGCAGAACACACGCAACAACUUUGUGAGCACCAAGCAGGAGGUGGAGAAGCUGAUGAGGAGGAUCAGGUGUGCAGACCAGGACUACACAGCUCCAGGCCAGUGGACCAUGGAGGGCUUCUUGUACGUGCAGGAGAAACGUCCACUAGGAAGCACGUGGAGCAGACACUACUGCACGUACGAGAAGAUCAGCAACACUCUCACCAUGAUCAACACUGACAACAAACAGAGCAGUCUGUUGGUGAACCAGGCUGAGAUGUUCAAGCUCAAGUCCUGCAUCCGAAGGAAGACAGACUCCAUUGACAAACGUUUCUGCUUCGACAUCGAGGUGGUGGAGAGAAACAUCCGUGGAGGAAGUCUUUUCAGACCAUUCCACAAAGUCCGGCACGGUGUCAUCACGCUGCAGGCACUGUCCCAGUCCAACCGCAGGCUCUGGCUGGAGGCCAUGGACGGCAAGGAGCCGAUCUAUACCCUGCCUGCAGUCCUCAGCAAGAAGGACCAGACGUUCCUGAACGACGCAGGCUUCAACUUUGUGAGGAAGUGCAUACACCUGGUGGAGACCACAGGUAUAAACAGCACAGGUGUGUACAGGGUGGGAGGAGUCAACUCCAAAGUGCAGAAGAUGAUGUCAACUUUCUUUUCGUCCAAGGCUCCUGUGGACAUAGAGGUGGAUGCUGAGACGUGGGACAACCAGACAAUCACCAGUGGACUGAAGAACUAUCUCAGGUGUCUCUCUGAGCCGCUCAUGACCUUCAAGCUGCACAAAGACUUCAUCAUGGCUGUCAAGUCCGAGGACCAGAACUACCGAGUGUGUGCCGUCCAUGCUUUGGUCCACCGGCUGCCCCAGAGGAACCAGGAGAUGCUAGAGCUGCUCAUCAAACAUCUGCUGGUAGUCUCCUCACACCAGGACUCCAACAUGAUGACCGUGGCCAACCUGGCCGUGGUCUUCGGACCCACCCUCAUGCGCUCCCAGGAGGAGACUGUGGCCGCCAUGAUGAACAUCAAGUUCCAGAACAUUGUCCUGGAAAUCAUGAUUGACAACUUCAACAAAAUCUUCCAUCAACCUCCGGACCCCAACGUUCCUCUGUCACAACCUCACAGGUCUCGUAGAAGCAGAGCCACUUGUGUGACCAGUGGCCCCCGGAUGGCCCCCGACAUGUACACACCCACACUGGGUCUGGUCCACUCAGAGGGUGAUAACUGCAUCACCCCACUAGUCACCAUGGAGUCGUGGUCCUCACACUCCUCAAAACAUGGCUCCUCCUCCAAGAUGGACACUGAGUCCUGCACUCAGGUGAAGAACUUGCUGCUGUCACGCUCCGAGUCCAGUGCCAUGGAGGCUGGGCCAACAGACACAGGGUCAGAGGUCACCGUUGGCGUGUCUUGUGUCGGUGCUAAGCCCCCAAAGGCCACUUACCACCAUGCUGAUGGACCACCUGACCUCCUCACAUCUCUGCAGGGGUCUGAAGGCCACGGGAGCUGCUCAGGGUCUUUCAAACAUCUCUCACUCGUCCACACCAUCAAACCCACUGAGCACCCGCCCAAGAUGGAGGUUCCACGAAGAGGCGGAGCUUCGGCGAGCAACGCAUACCAUAGACCAGGCUCAAUGGUUGCUGCCAGAACUCUGCUUUUUGACAACACAUCAGCCCAGCAGCCUGCUCCAAAAGGAAGAGACGCCAAGGCAGUGUACUCGUGUGAGGCAGAUCACGACUAUGAGCUGAGUUUCCCCCAGGGGGCGCACUUGAGUAACGUUUAUGCGUCGGUGGAGCCAGGCUGGCUGCAAGCAACAUACAACGGCAGAAAAGGUUUAAUCCCCGAGAAUUAUGUUGUCUUCUUUUAACAGCUCCUCCGCGGUCGUCAUGGAAACGCUGGUGGCGACAUGUGACGCUUUUUUUAGCAAACAACAAACGUACCUCC